AUGGUUCCCGACUGGGACCCGCUGGCGCUGGCCCAGCGCCAGGUGAGCGUCAAGUUCCCACUGUCGUGCCUUCGCCGCGUGUCCGCGGAGGUGGCAGAGCUGAAGAAGGAGCCGUUGCCCGGGGCCUUCGUCUGUCCCGAUGAGAACAUCGCCACGCUGGUGCACGCUUUAUUGCAGGGCCCCGAGGGCACUCCCUACGAGCUGGGGCUGUUCCACUUUAUGAUCUACGCGAAGCCCAACUACCCCCACGAGCCCCCGCUGGCGCGGCUGAUGACCACCGGCAAGGGCCAGGUGCGCUUCAACCCCCAGUUCUAUACCUCAGGCAAGGUGUGCCUCUCCAUCCUUCACACCUGGCCUGGGCCCAGCUGGAACCCCUCCUUCACCUUGCGGGUGGUGGUGCUUCAGCUCCAGGCCCUGAUGAACGAGAUGCCGGCGCUGAACGAGCCGGGGGUGAUGAUCAUGAGCAACCCCGAGGACUACAACGCCUACCUCCGCCACGAGACGCUCCGCGCGGCGCUGCAGAUCUACCAGGAGGCGGAAGCGGAGGAACAGGCGAUGCCUCGGGAGCUGGCAGAGAAGGUCUGCGAGUUGGUGCGCCAGAAUGCGGGGAAGCUGGAGGCGCGGUGCCGGGACCUGGCGGCCCAGGUGCCGGACAAGACGCUGCUGCCCGGGGUGCCCUCCGGCGUGCAGGCGAAUUACUCCGGCAUGGCCCAGCACUUCCGGAGCCUCAGACCCGACGCGGAGCGCGAGGAGGAAGUCGAGGAAGCUGAGUGCCGCAUUUGUGGCAGUGGAAGAGAGGAUGGCGAGCUUUUGGAGCCCUGCGGCUGUUCCGGCUCCAUGGCCCACGUGCACCGUGCUUGUGCUGCCGAGUGGAUCCGCCGCAACAAUUCCCCGCUGUGCCCCAUCUGUGGCCAGGCCUACUCGGACCGGAAGCUGAGGGCCUUGGGCAUGAUGGGCCGCUACAAGCUGCGCUGCCAAGAGCUGGGGAAGUUCUUCCGAUGCCUCGGCAUCGCCGUGGCCUGUUUGCUGCUUCACCUCGCCUCCAGCUCCGGGCUGCCGGUGGAGAUCGCCCCCUGGGAGCUGCACCGCUGGCAGGUGCAGCCGGCGCCCAGGCGUCCGGAGGCUGAGGCACUUGCCAAGGCCAGGCAGGAGCGGUUAAAUCGCUGGACGGCUUCGGACCCGCCGAAAAGAUCUGAGCCCAUGGAGGAGUCAGUCUUCUGGGAGCCCGACGAUGGGAACGUGAAGGACUACCGCUUCACGCCGCCCUACCGCAUCCGUGGCACUUGGCUUCUGCCUGCGCUUCACCUUCGGGAAAAAUGGCGAGAGCCGCUGGUGGAGGAACUGAUCUUCCACCCCCUCACCCCCUGGAGUAGCCGCACGCUACCGGUGCCCGUGCGCUUUGAGGCCAUGGUGCGACACCUCCAGGAGGCCCGCCUCUUUCCACAGAGGCCCCGAGGCUUGCGGAGGGUCAUGGACCACUGGGAGGCGCAGAUGGCGCAAGAGCAGGUGCGGCGCCAAGGCUCUCGACAGGACAGCCCAGUGACACCAAGGGCCGCGGCCGGGGGCACAUCGGGGUCGCGGCGCGGCUGCGGUGCCGCCUGCGCGCGGCCGUGGAGCCCGCUCCCUCGGUGACGGUGCGCCUGAGGCCGCCCUAUGCGGCGGAGGUGGCGGCCUUGGUGGUGCUCUUCGCAUGGCAGGCGGUGGGAGCCAGGCCGUUCUUUUGGAUCCUGCUUUGCUGCCAGCUAGGCUCCUUGUGGUUCCCCUUCCCCUUGGUCGCUGCCGGCGCAGUCUCCGCCAACUUGUUGAGAUACCAGGUGAAGCGCCGCUUGGCUCGGCUCAACAUGUUGCGCAUGCGGCCGCAGAUGGAGGGCGACCUCCUCAUCUUCGCGCUGCUCAUCCUGGGCGCCUGCUGCGCAGGCAAUGGAUACGGAUCCCUGAGAAAGGAUUUGUUGCCCGCGCUGCGCGCGCGCACCGGUGCGAUUCCUUUGCAGCGGCAGGAGAGGCUGGGGGCAUCAUGGCCUGGGUGCUGUUGGUGCUGGUGGCCCUGAUCGCGAUGGCCACCGUGGCGAAGAGGCCCUCGGAAGGCGAGCCGGGCCUCGUCCUCGCGCCGCUUCUGCAUGGUGCGCUCUGGGCUGCCGCAGGAGCCGCGCUGUGCCUGCUGGCCGCCGCGCCCAUGUUCGCGU